AUGGCAAACGCUCUUGACUUCUAUGACCCCUUCUGGGAAAGUCCUGCAUCGAAACGUGAAUUUCAAUACGAGCAUGGCUCGUUCGCGUGGGCUUCUAUGCCGGUUGGUACAGAAGUGCUAGCCAUUGUAGGCCAAGGAACCAUCGCAGUCAAGUCAAACACUACCGAGAGCGUGAAAAUUUGCGUAAAGACCGGAGAUUCGUAUCCUAUGUUGACACUGAACAUUACCCAGUCUACUGUCGCCUUCACGAAGAAAGACAGUGAUACUGAAGAAGCGACCCUGCCUUACACGCUUGAGAGGGCCGAGGGAAAUCCAUACAUACCCGCGGCCACACCCGAUGAUGGGACAGUGUACUGGCUCUCAAUUGACCGAAGCAACUGUGUUUUGCGGUACGGGAAAUAUUAUACCUGCAAAGCAUUGACGUUGCUGGAGGUGAGAUUGAAUGCUCAGCCGGGAGCGUGGUUGGAAAAGUUGACUUCUGUCGAAGUACAUGAUGGCAGCUCGAAGCCUCAAAUCAAGAUUUCCCGCCUCCCCGUCACCAUGGACCUGCCACCCCUCGUCGUUACGAACGAAGCGGUGUCACUCCGACAGCUGGACCUUGCUCAAGUGACCACCUGGGCCAAUCUUCCAAGUGCCUGCCAGAACCUGUAUCACAAUGUUGCUGGGAAGAACAUCACUCUGGAAUCAUCGGACUUCAAAGACUUCGCCGAUGCAAUCCACAGGAGCGUCACCACACCAGGCUAUUGGGGCCACGACUUGUUGAAAAAGAAAUGCAAAAAUCCUAUCAACCCCGACCCCGAGGAAUUCAUGUACAAAUAUCUUCGGGUGACAAUUGGAUCAAACAAGGGUAACUCCCCGGGAAUUCCGUAUGUCAUGGAAGUCUGGCCUCCAAAACACAUGUCUCCCAUCCACGAUCACGGCGAUGCAUGCGCGGUAAUUCGAGUCCUCUCCGGCACAAUUCAGUGUACCUGGUACGAUGCGCUCAUUCAAGGGUUUGAACCGAUCAAACUGGGCAAUGAGGUACUGCUCAAGAAAGACCAGAUUACCUGGCUAGGAGAGAACCAGUAUCAAAUCCAUGCUCUCAAAAAUACCAUGGACAAAACCUGCGUUACCUUGCAGUGCUAUGAGUUCCCGCAUGAUAAUGAUGUUCACGAGGAAAAGUUCCGAUAUAUUGAUUCAACAACGAAGAACAAAAAGAAUUUUGUUCCGAAUAGCGAUUGCACCUUUGAGGAGUUUUAUAAGUAUAUCAAGUGGGAGUGGACUUACAAAGGCCCUCAUUCGAAGGCAUAA